UGGAGACUGGGCGAGAGCGAGGCAGCUGCUGUGGUUAGAUAAAUGCAGGGUGUCCAUUUCCGCUAUUGCAUUUUGCCUAUGAUUCCACUUACGGAGGCGGAGGAGAAAGAUAACGACUUAUUCCGGGUUUGUUACCUUGAAAACGGGGCGAAAGGGUAAUUCUCUCUUUCUCAUACAUUCGGGGUAUAUGUCCCGGCGGUGAGUGAGAAGAGGGGUGGCCCUGAGGCUUUGCGGUGUGUUGGUUUAGCCUGAAAGGUUCCUGCUUUGCAGUCAGAAAAAGAUGUGCAAUGGAAUGGUAGCACCUAAGACAAGAGCCCUCAUCCCUCUCCCUCCUGUUAAUGACGGAAUCCCACUAGCUCUGCUGCUGCUUCUUGCCUUUGUCUCCCAAGGGCUGGCAUCAGGAUGUUCCAGGCCAUUGCCCAUUCCUCAUGGCUCAGUAAAUCUGACCGAGACGAACCGGGGCUCGUUCCCUGUUGGCACAGCGCUGCAGUACAGCUGCGAGGUGGGCUUCACCAUUGAAGGACCCAGUGCCAUCACCUGCACCUCUGGGGGGAGCUGGUCCGACAACCCCCCUCGCUGCAUCCGUGCAGAUGUAUGCCGACCACCUUUUGAGCCAGAGAAUGGGGGAUACACAUGCCACCCCUCUCCCUGUCAUCGGCUGGCCCAGGGCACUGUGAUUGAAUAUUUCUGUGACGAGGGCUAUGCAUUGAAGGGAGAGUACAAAUACCUCACCUGCCAGAAUGGAGAGUGGGACCCCACUAUGGAGAUCAGCUGUCUGCUGGGCCCAGAUAAAGAGUCACAUUCGCCACUGGGUGUGCCAACUCUAUCCAUCGUGGCUUCUACAGCCAGCUCUGUUGCCCUCAUUCUCCUGCUGGUUGUCUUGUUUGUACUGCUGCAGCCAAAACUGAAAUCCUUUCAUCACAACAGGCGUGAGCAGGGUGUGUCUGGUGAGCCGGUCUCCAUUGUGGUGGAGGGGGUGCAAGUAUCUCUUCCCUCUUAUGAGGAAGCAGUGUAUGGCAGUGGCGGUGCCUUUGUCCCGCCCUCGGAGUCCCGCGUGCAGAUCGUGCUUUCAGAGGGCCCCCAGGCUGAGGAAGAGGACCCCGUCCAGCCAGAGUGCAGCCUCCCCUCCACCUCUCACCACUCUGAGACUGUUCUGGUACACCAGGUGCCCUCAUCUUCUUCAUCCUCUUCCUGGGCUCCUGAACCCACUGGUGCUGCCCCUCUACCCCAGCGCCAGGACUCGGAGAGCAGCGAUCAGCACAGCCUGCUCUCCCUUACUUCCACAGAGGACUUUGCUGAUGAUAUUCCUUUACUAAAGGAAGCAUGAAGUCGGCUAAAGCCAGCAGUCUUCACUGAGACCGUCAUUGCUGCUGCCUCUGUGGUUUACCUAGGCUGUGGUGUUUGAAGCCUUUGUUUGAAUCGCCCACAGCCAGCAAUCCAAAGGACAGCACACAGACUUUCCCCGCAGAGAUUUGCUCCUCGCCAUGAAGAGCUCUUACUGUAGUCUAAGCCUUCGAGGGAUCGGCUUACCUCACCUUUUGGUGAAAGCUUCAAGCAAACAGCAGGCACUGAGUUGUUGAAGCUUAAAAACCUAUAAACAGAGACCUUUUUAUUUUUUUUUGCCCACACGCUUUCACAAAGAUAACCUUUGAGGCUGUGAUGUAUAUCAGUGAUUUAUAAUAGUUGUAGAAAUGUAAAACACACUCAGUCUACAAGGUUUUCUGCUGAAAUCUGUAUCUGCCAAAUUUAAUUUCUCAUAUGAUAAUAUAUAACUUUUCUGA